CUCUCUGGGCCUCUAUCGCCCCCUGUGGGCCUCUGUCCCCCCUUCUGGGCCUCUGUCCCCCCUCUGGGCCUUUGUCUCCCUCUGUGGGCCUCUGUCCCCCUCUCUGGAACCCGUCCUUUCCCGUGUCCCCUCCUCUGUGUGUCCACAGUUCCUUCGACUCUCUGACCGCACGGAUCCAGCCACGGUUUAUAAUCUGGUCACACGCACAUGGGGCUUCCGGGCCCCAAACCUGGUGGUGUCAGUGCUGGGGGGGUCGGGUGGCCCUGUCCUCCAGACCUGGCUUCAGGACCUGCUGCGCCGCGGGCUGGUGCGGGCCGCCCAGAGCACAGGGGCCUGGAUUGUUACUGGGGGGCUGCACACGGGCAUCGGCCGCCACGUGGGCGUGGCUGUGCGGGAUCACCAGAUGGCCAGCACCGGGGGCACCAAGGUGGUGGCCAUGGGCGUGGCCCCCUGGGGUGUGGUUCAGAAUAGAGACUCCCUUACCAACCCCAAGGGCUCCUUCCCCACGAGGUACAAGUGGAGUGGUAACCCCGAGGACGGCGUGCAGUUCCCGCUGGACUACAACUACUCAGCCUUCCUGCUGGUGGACGACGGCACGCACGGCCGCCUGGGGGGCGAGAACCGCUUCCGCCUGCGCUUUGAGUCCCACCUGGCGCAGCAGAAGACGGGCGUGGCCGGGACAGGAAUUGACAUCCCUGUCCUCCUCCUCCUGAUUGAUGGUGAUGAGAAGAUGUUGAAGCGGAUAGAGAACGCCACCCAGGCCCAGCUCCCCUGCCUCCUGGUGGCUGGGUCUGGGGGAGCUGCAGACUGCCUGGCAGAGAUCCUAGGAGACACUCUGGCUCCAGGGAGCGGAGCGGGCAGGCACAGUGACACCCGAGAUUGGAUUCGGCGCUUCUUCCCCAAAGGGGACCCCGAGGUCCUGAAGGCCCAGGUGGAGCGGAUCAUGACCCGGAAGGAGCUGCUGACCGUCUACUCGUCUGAGGACGGCCCCGAGGAGUUCGAGACCAUCGUGCUGAAGGCCCUCGUGAAGGCCUGCGGGAGCUCCGAGGCCUCAGCCUACCUCGAUGAGCUGCGUCUGGCUGUGGCCUGGAACCGCGUGGACAUCGCCCAGAGUGAACUUUUCCGGGGAGACAUCCAGUGGCGGUCCUUUCACCUGGAGGCCUCCCUCAUGGACGCCCUGCUGAACGACCGGCCAGAAUUUGUGCGUUUGCUCAUCUCCCACGGACUCAGCCUGGGCCACUUCCUGACGCCCGCGCGCCUGGCGCAGCUCUACAGCGCGGCACCGCCCAGCUCGCUCAUCCGCAGCCUCCUGGACCAAGCGGCCCACGGCGCUGGCACCAAGACCCAAGACCUUAAACCCUCUGUGGAGCCCCGCCCCCCGGACGUGGAGCAGUUGCUGCGGAUGCUGCUGGGGGAGACCUGUGCCCCGAGGUACCGCGUGGAAGACACCCAGGGACAUCACCACAGCUGCCCGGAGAACGCCAGUCUGCUCUCCCACCGGGUGCCCCUGGAGCUGGCGCUGGAUGCCGUGCUGGGACAGGCCCCCUGGAGCGACCUGCUCCUCUGGGCGCUGCUGCUCAACAGGGCGCAGAUGGCCUUGUACUUCUGGGAGAUGGGCUCCAACGCAGUGGCCUCAGCUCUCGGGGCCUGCUUGCUGCUCCGGGUGCUGGCCCGCCUGGAGGCCGAAGCCGAGGAGGCGGCACGGAGGAAGGACCUGGCGGCCAAGUUUGAGGGGCUGGGUGUUGGCCUCUUCGGGGAGUGCUACCGCAGCAGCGAGAACCGGGCCGCCCGCCUGCUUCUGAGGCGCUGCCCGCUCUGGGGGGACGCCACCUGCCUCCAGCUGGCCAUGCAGGCCGACUCCCGUGCCUUCUUUGCCCAGGACGGGGUGCAGUCUCUGCUGACACAGAAGUGGUGGGGCGAGAUGGACAGCACCACCCCCAUCUGGGCCCUGGUUCUCGCCUUCUUCUGCCCCCCGCUCAUCUACACCAACCUCAUCACCUUCAGGAAGUCAGAUGAGGAGGCCAUGCAGAAGGACCUGGAGUUUGACAUGGACACAGCCAUCAACGGGGAAGGGCCCGCUGGGCCUCCCGAGAAGACGCCUUUGCGGGGGUCGAGGCAACCCCGCCAGCGGGGCUGCUGUGGGGGGUUCUCCCCGCGCCUGCGCCGCUGGCCCCACUUCUGGGGCGCCCCGGUCACGGCCUUCCUGGGCAACGUGGUCAGCUACCUGCUCUUCCUGCUGCUCUUCGCCCGCGUGCUGCUCAUCGACUUCCAGCCGGAGCCGCCCGGCGGCCUGGAGCUGCUGCUGUACUUCUGGGCCUUCACGCUGCUGUGCGAGGAGUUCCGCCAGGGCCUCGGCGGCGGCUGGGGCAGCCUCUCGGCGCGCGGGCCCGGGCCCGGCCCCGGCCAGGCCCCGCUGCGCCACCGGCUGCAUCUCUACCUCUCGGACACCUGGAACCAGUGCGACCUAGUGGCCCUCGCCUGCUUCCUGCUGGGCGUGGGCUGCCGGCUGAUCCCAGGCCUGUAUGACCUGGGCCGCACCGUCCUCUGCCUUGACUUCAUGGUGUUCACGCUGCGGCUGCUGCACAUCUUCACCGUCAACAAACAGCUGGGCCCCAAGAUCGUCAUUGUGAACAAGAUGAUGAAGGACGUCUUCUUCUUCCUCUUCUUCCUCGGCGUGUGGCUGGUCGCCUAUGGGGUGGCCACCGAGGGACUUCUCAGGCCCCGUGACCGUGAGCUUCCAAGCAUCCUGCGCCGCGUCUUCUACCGGCCGUACCUGCAAAUCUUCGGACAGAUACCCCAGGAGGAGAUGGACGUGGUCUUGAUGAAGCACGUCAACUGCUCAUCCGACUAUGGCUUCUGGGCGCAACCGGUGGGGCCCCAGGCCGGCGCUUGUGUCUCACUUUAUGCCAACUGGCUGGUGGUGCUCCUGCUCAUCGUCUUCCUACUGGUGGCCAACAUCCUGCUGCUCAACUUGCUCAUCGCCAUGUUCAGCCACACCUUCGGCAAAGUUCAAGGAAACAGCGAUCUCUACUGGAAGGCGCAGCGCUACAGCCUCAUCCGGGAGUUUCACUCUCGCCCCGCGCUGGCCCCGCCCCUCAUCUUCAUCUCUCACGUGCGGCUCCUCCUCAGGCGAUUUCGGAGGACCUGGGACAAUACACCGUCCUCCCCGGCCUUCCAGCAUUUUCGGGUCCGCCUCUCCAAGGAAGCCGAGCGCAGGCUGCUGACCUGGGAAUCGGUGCAGAAGGAGAAUUUCCUGCUGGCCCGUGCGCGGGACAAUCGGGAAAGUGAUUCUGAACGUCUCAAGCGCACCUCGCAGAAGGUGGACACGGCCUUGAAGCAUCUGAGGCAGAUCCGCGAGUAUGAGCAGCGUCUGAAAGGACUGGAGCAGGAGGUCCAGCACUGCAACCGCGUCCUGGGCUGGGUGGCCGAGGCCCUGAGCCGCUCUUCACUGCUGCCCCCAGGAGGGCCGCCGCCCCCCUCCCCACGCGGUCCCAGAGAUUGAGCCCUGUGGGCGGAAGUCACUGAGUGGCCCCCUCGGGGGGCUGCUUGCAGAGUAGGGCCCCCCCUUCGGGCUUUGACCUUGAGCCGGCCCUUGCCGUGGACUACCUCUGGCGGCUGCCAGCACCACCGCGGGGGAAGCCGUCCACGUGGGCCGCAGUGGCCGCCCCCUUGGCCCCCGCGAGGAGGGUCCCGGAGCCCGCGCGGGGCCUGAGUGCCCUGCCACAGCCGCGGGCAGAGGCUGCGGGGCGUCUGGGGUGGGAGACUCCAGCGCCCGCUCACAGCUCCUCACACUGAGGAAAUAAAGCCUUUUC